AGGGGGGAGAAAGUGGGAGCAAGGGUUGGAACCGCGGUACUUAAAAAAUUGGCCCGUAUACACGGGCUUUAUGACUAGUUUAUGAAGUCAAAAAAUAGUACAGGAAAAUACAGUAGGAGUGGAAUUAUAUAGGAAAUUAGAAAGAUCUAUCUUUUGGAUAUAGAUAAGGCGUACUCAAUACUUAAAAAAAAAAAUCUAUAGUAAUGAUUUGCACUAUAUUUUUAAAUAAAUAAUUUAUCCACCUGUAAUAGUGCGGAGUAUGCACUAUAUUUUAAAAUAAACUAAUGAUCACGUGGAACUGUUGCAAUAAGCAGUUGUAUGUAAUACAUAGGUUGUUGUUUUUUGUUCAGUUGCUACUUAUUGAUUGCUAGUGAGGGAGCUGUGAUAUUGGAGCGGUGCAUGGGACUACAGCUUGUGCAAACAGAUAUUUGAAUGAAGUCCUGUGUGUGCAGGUGUAAGAGGAGGAGGCUCCAGCUCACAGCAUGGAGGGUGUGGUGAAAAGUCCUGGAGCAGUACUGGCUGCCUCUCUUCCCGGCUUUCUGCAAUACCUGCUGCCUUAGCCCCAGCUACGUGCUGACUUUAGCCCGGACCGAGCUGUGGGAGCCCAGGAUAUGCCAGGAUAAUCUGCCUAGCUCUGACUCACCCAGGUGUUUUUUGCCACGGAUUGGGAAGAAGCACCGUUUGGAAGAGAGCUGGGGACUGCACCAGGCAGUACCAAGAACAGGAAACCAGCUGUCGGCAGUGCAGAUACAUACUGCAGCCUUCUAUUGGGACUUCCCUGUUUGUCCGAUAUGCAAUACUGACUGGUUAAUUAGCCAAUUGCAUAACAGCCCUGAGAAGGUCACGUUGCAACUGACCCGACCCCAGUGAGCAUGAAAUGCAUGAUCCAGAACCCUGACACUAUUGCCUGCGAUUUGCUGAUUGAUGUAGGAGCUGAUUUUAUCUGUUCCUAAUUGGCCACAGAACAAGAGAUAAAAUAAAGGUUGCUUGUGAACGUCUGGAACAGAGGAGCAUCUUCAAAUGAGGUUACUUGGUAUGUUUAGAAGAAUGAGCAGAAUUCUCAAACCAUAAUGCCGAGCAGUAUGUCAGGGUACAUACCCAGCUAUUUGGAUAAAGAUGAACUAUGUGUGGUUUGCGGAGACAAAGCUACAGGGUAUCAUUAUCGAUGUAUCACUUGUGAGGGAUGCAAGGGCUUUUUCAGAAGAACUAUUCAGAAGAACCUUCACCCGAGCUAUUCAUGUAAAUAUGAGGCAAAAUGUGUGAUAGACAAAGUAACAAGGAACCAGUGCCAAGAAUGCCGUUUCAAGAAGUGUAUUGCUGUUGGCAUGGCACCAGACUUGGUCUUGGAUGACCGUAAACGUUUGGAAAAAAGAAAGCUCAUAGAAAAAAACAGAGAAAAGAGGCGCAAAGAUGAGCUGCAAAAAACACUUAUUCAAAAACCCGAACCAACACAAGAAGAGUGGGAGCUGAUACAGGUUGUCACUGAAGCCCACGUGGCUACCAAUGCACAGGGAAGUCACUGGAAACAGAAACGGAAAUUUCUGCCAGAAGAUAUUGGACAAGCGCCAAUAGUUAAUGCACCAGAAGGUGGAAAAGUGGACUUAGAAGCCUUCAGUCAGUUUACAAAAAUAAUCACCCCAGCAAUUACAAGAGUAGUGGAUUUUGCCAAAAAAUUACCAAUGUUCUGCGAGCUGCCAUGUGAAGAUCAGAUCAUCCUUCUGAAAGGCUGCUGCAUGGAGAUUAUGUCACUGCGAGCAGCUGUGCGCUAUGACCCUGAAAGUGAGACUCUCACACUGAAUGGUGAAAUGGCAGUAACAAGAGGACAGCUGAAAAAUGGAGGACUAGGUGUGGUAUCAGAUGCCAUCUUUGACUUGGGCGUGUCAUUGUCUUCAUUCAGUCUUGAUGAUACCGAAGUCGCCUUGUUGCAGGCUGUGCUGCUUAUGUCUUCAGAUCGCCCCGGUCUCUCCAGCGUGGACAGAAUAGAAAAGUGCCAAGAAGGUUUCCUCUUGGCUUUUGAACACUACAUAAAUUACAGGAAACACAACGUUGCACACUUUUGGCCAAAACUGCUGAUGAAAGUCACCGACCUCCGCAUGAUUGGAGCCUGCCAUGCCAGCCGGUUCCUGCACAUGAAAGUGGAGUGCCCCAAUGAACUUUUCCCGCCACUGUUUCUGGAGGUGUUUGAGGAUUAGAAUAAACUGUGAUUCUGGAUUCUCAGCACUACUGGGGCGUCCCCUUUCAUUCCAUUGCCUCCGUCACUUUUUUUUUGUUCUCGUCCGUUCUAAAUAGACAUGGAUGGAAAAGUUCCUCUGAUGCGGGUACUUGUGACUAUCGUGUUUUUGUUAUUCUGUCCUUUUGAUGUGAAGUUCCGUGAGAGAUUAACCCCUUUUGUGCUGAAGAGGCAGUCGACACCUUACACAACAGUGAAUUGGGUGGCUCUUCUAGCUUUAAAGCGGUUAUUUGGGAAAAAAUAACAAUGUUGACUAACUUGCAUUCACCAGCACUACGGAUCCUACACAGCAAGGGUAUUCUCAAAUGUUGUGCCUGCGGUUAAUAAAUCAUUACUGACCAGAUGCCCUAAUGAUCACUAACUCGUGCAAUAUGGGGCAAUAAUACAUAUUUAUUGCUUCAAAUACAUAGUUCCCUCCAAGAACAAGGCAAAUAUUUGGUUUUAUCCCUAAAUUAUAUUUUUAUUUUUUUAAACUAAAUUGUAUUGUCCCUUAUUUGGUAUUAGAGUCCAAUGUUGGGGAUAAAUUGCUAGCAUGAUGUUUUGAAUUGAUUAAUUAGCGAAUCUGUUAAAAACCCAAAACACUUCUACCUUUUUAAUUCUAAACAAAAAUAUGAUAAUCCUGAAAAGAAUGUAUUUUUUUACUCUAGCUUUCCUUUAACAAUAUCCGUUUAUUUUUUGUAUUGAAAAACAAACAAAUGAGCUAAAAAGGCCUGCAUCUUAAGUAUGAAACUGCGUUGCUCGCUCUUGUAUUAUAUAGUCAUGUUAAUAGGAAGACUUUACAGGACUAAUUCUUUGUUCCUGCACAUUCCCUUCUCAGGUAUUUGAAAGUAUAUUCCUCUGUAAUUCACAGUCUUCAUAAUCCCUUUUCCUUUGUGUGGAGGUAUUGGUCAUGAAAGAUUGUGCUACACAUCAGAUGAUAACACUCUGAGAUUUGGUAACAUCACACAGUUGUAUGUCUAAUGACUCACUCUCCUGGAGUGCAGUAUUGCCAUAUUUUCUCUUAUACUACCUCCUCUCCCAUGAGUACUCUUACAGUGCCUAAUAGUAAAGCAGUAACAAUCAUAGUCACCAAAAAUGGUCAUGAAUCAGGCAAGCUGCUUUAUUGUCACAAAACCCUUACAUCACCAUCAUACUAUAUCUGUUCAGUACGCAGCAGGUAUGUUUCAUUAGCUUUUCAGGUAUUUGAGUGAGUGAGUGUGUGUGUGCAUGUUUGUGGGGGUAUAAACAAUUUCUUUAAAAUAAAUUAUUUUAGUUAAAUAAAAUGAAAGAAGGAACAAAAAAAUGCAUAUUAGUUUACACAGGUGCUGUGCCGAAAUAGACACUAUCAUGAUAAAUAUUUACAAUUAACCUAAGUUGGAGUAAGCAGAGUUUAGAUAGAUAUGUUUGUGCGAAUGUAUAUAUUUUCUAUUAAAUCAUUUUCCUCUAUCAAAACUUUUGGUAUAUUAUUGAAGGUUUUUUUUUUAAACUCAAUAAUGGCACUGCCAUGUUUACCAUGUACAUAGGUUUAGUUAAUAGUCCUAUACAAGGUUAGUCCCUUCUACAGGAAACCACAAUAAAUCUUUAUUAUGUCAUGUGACGUAUAAAGAAACUAAAACCACAUUCUAUAAGCCCAGCUGACAUUUGUGCAAAGUACUCUCUAUGUGUUCUUAAAAAAAAAAAAACAUGAUUGACAUAAUUUGCCUUUAAAAUUAAAAAUUGGAUUUGAUUGGUUUAAACAGUAUUGUUUACCGCCCACAGAGAAACAAUAACUAUACUUUCCUGGCAUAUAUUUGACUCUAUAUUCCAGGUCUAACAGGCAAGUACUGCAGUGUUUGCAACACAAGAUGUGUGUAAUAUACCUUAAUAUAAACUCUUGUAAAAGUAUUUGCUGAGCAAAUAGAACAGUCACAUCACAUGGAGGCUAAUAUAACCUCAUCUUCACCUUUUAUAGACCACUCGCUGUUUCUAUUAUACAGUGAAGGGAGAGGAAUAUAAAUAACACUUGAUUUUAGCCAGAAAAUAUCAGCACACUUAUGGCAGAUAAACAUUCACAGUAGCAGGCACAGUAAACUACUUUAACUAAAUGUAUUGGUUGACCUCAAUUAUUUAUUUGUACUAAAAUAUUAAAUAGUUUAAUGUUAUAAAUAGCAAAUAUUUCUUGGUUAAUGUUUAACAAAGACUAAACUGUGAACUUCAGUCCAAGUAUAUGAACGGUAAAGAUUCUACAGAUGUGGCCUAAAGUAUUGUUACCCCCCUUGCUUUUUAAAGUAUUGUUAUUAUUAUUUUUGCUUAUUCUGUAAAGACAUUCUAAAAUGUCCUGGACAACACUAUUGAUACCCUUUAGACGUUACAAUAAAGAAUUGUUUUGUAGUGAUACCUCAAGAAGACUAUUCUCUUUAAAUUGGUAUCACAGGUGUCUUCAAUCUUAUAAUCACUCAUUCAGCCAUUUUAAAUAGAGAAAAGUAAUCAUUCUGCUGUUGUGUCACUGGGUAUCACACUGAACAUGGACAAGAUAAUGAAAACCAGAGUUACCUAAUGAGUUUAGUAAUAAGGUAAUAGCCAAGCAUGGUCAAUGUAAAGGCUAAAAGGCCACCUCUAAAGAGCUUGAUGUUCCUGUGAGCACUGUUGCCAAUCUUAUUAAGAAGUUUAAGGCAUAUGUGACUGUGGCCACAGAUAAAAUUUGACCCAAGAUUGAUAAGAUUAUUUGAAUGGUGAAGAAAGAACCAAGGACAACUUAAAAACAGAUACAAUCCGAUAUUGAAGUUCAAGGUGCAACAGUUUCAAAUAGCACCAUCUGUUGCUGUCUGAAUAAAACUGGGCUCCAUGGUAGAAGUCUUAGGAAGACCCCCACUUCUAAGAUAGAAAGACAAAAAUCCUGACUGGAUUUUGCCAAAAUGCAUGUUGACAAGCCACAGUCCUUCUGGGAGAAUGUCCUUUGGAUAGACAAAACAAAAGUAGAGAUUUUUGGCAAAUCACAACAACUCCAUGUUUACAGUAGGAAAAAAUAAACUUUCAAACAUAAGAACACCAUCCCUACUGUAAAGCAUGGAAGAGGCAUAGUGAUGUUUUAGAGUUCCUUUGCUGCCUCUGGCACUGGGUGCCUAGAAUACAUGCAGGGCACAAUGAAAUCAGAAGACUAUCAAGGGAUUCUGGAGUGAAACAUACCCAGUGUCAGAAAACUGUGACUCAGUCGCAGGUCAUGGGUCCUCCAGCAGAAUAAUGACCUGAAACACACCUCAAAAAGCAACCAAGAAUGGAUGAAAAAGAAAACAUUGGAUUGUUCCAAAGUGACCUUCAAUGAGUCAAGAUCUGGAUCCCAUCAAACAUCUGUGGAAAGAGCUGAAAUUCACAUUUGGGAAAAAGCACCCAUCAAACAUGAAAGAACUGGAGCAGUUUGCUCAAGAAGAGUUGGCCAAAAUUCCAGUUAAAAAGUGUAGAAAUCUUAUGCAGAGCUACAAAAAAGUUUUUUUUUUACAUUUGAAAUAAUGAAUGGUAGAUAUCAAGUACUUUUGUCAAUGUUUACUUCACAGAAGUGACUUUUCCUAAAAAAAAAAUUGGAAGGGUAUCAAAACUUUCGACCUCAUCUGUAUAUAUAACAAAUUUAGUAUAUAUGUAAAAAAAAAAAGUUCAAUAUAUAUCUUAAAGAUAGUGUCUACAUGUAUUAGAUAGAAAGAUAGAUUCUUCAUAUAUUAUUCAGACUUAAGUCACAGCAAUUUAAAUUGGAGAUCAACAGAAGGUCAUAAAAAGUUGGUAAUCAAAGAAAGUGUUUUCAGUUAAUUCUGGAGAUUGUUUUGGCAGUAUUGGAAAUUGGGCAGAGGUAGAAAAGUGUAAACAAGAAAUUAUUUACACCACAUACAUUGAUGCUUGUCAUAGUUUAACAUACGAAUGGUUCAUAGGAUUCUAGCUACAUUAAUGUGGGUUAUUAGGGAAGGAAAGAUAAUUUUGAAUGCAACAAGUAGCAUUUGGCAAUUUUUGCUUUUAAAUGAAUAGCUAAAAUUGUAAGUAUGUUUGUUGUAAAGAUCAGAUGUUGCUGCAUACUUACAUAAUAAGCCUAACUAAGCACCAGCAUCCUUUAUGUAGUUGUUAAUAUGCAUUGUCUGCCUUCUGCACAGCUUGCUUUAUUUAGUAGAUGUUCAAGUAAUGUAUAGGGUUGCUACCCAGCUGACAUUUUACAGACAAGGCAGGUAGUUUUAAAGUUCAGGUCAAGUUCAGGUAAUAAAGGGAUAAAUAUAGAACUAUAUGUCAUUUUAUUGUGAAAUUGCUUCUAAGUGUAUGAGAGUAUGAUUGUAAAAAAAAUGAGUGUUAAAUCGGUCCUAUCAGCUUUAGUUUCUUAAUUAUGCUGUAUAAUUACUUAUGCAAAUUUAUGCUGCUUAGCAUGACUGGUAUUUUUAUUCCCCAAAAAAGGUGACAUUCCUAGUAACAUAGGGACAGUAGAAUCAUAAACAUACGAAAACAAUAGUAAAUAUAUGGUUCAGUAUAGGAGCCAGGUGAAUAUUUUUACACUGAUAACAUGCGGCCCUCCAGAAUUGCAACCCAAUGUCUGCACCUCAAUAUCCCAUAUAUUUAGCCAUGUAUUAUUAUUAUUAUUAGAAAAUUAUAUUGCAUGGCGCUUACUAUAAUGCAGAGCUGUUUAAUAUUAGAAUACUAUAUUUUCCCGUCAUGAUAUUUUGCCAUAAAUUUUAAAUCUGAUAACCAACAGCAUGAAGACCAUAACUGUGAGUAAAGUUACCUUAUGCAAAGCUUUCAUGUUUAUGGUAAACAAGCAUGAUAAUAAAGACUUGGUUAACUCUCUAGGUUCUAAGCACCUGUAAAUCACAUAUGCCUUUAAUUUUUCUUUGCCUUAAAUAAUUAAUCAAUAUAAACUAUAUAUCUUUAUGACUGAGAGAUAUAGCCACUAUUUAUAGUAUUUUUUUUUUAAAAAAAGUAACUUUCAAUAUUUUUAAUUUGUUUUGGUUUUUGAAAUUACUAAUAUAUAAAUCCAUUGUUUAUCCUACAAGUAACAGUGAUUUAGAAGACUGAAACUUGUUUUUGUCUAUAGAUAAGGAUACUGACUGCAGGUGCCCCUAUAUGUAGGCAAAUUACAUGCUCCUGAAUUAAAUGAAGCCUAUGCAUUCUUUAGUGCAGUUUCCACAUAGCUGCAUUGAGAAGUUAUGUGUACAUAAUACAAAGUAAAAUAAUAAACAGAAUUAUUGAAAGGUGCUACUAUUACAAUUCACCCCUUGACCACUGCUUACAUUGCCUAUAAGAUCUUCAGCUCAGUUAACUGUCCCAACUGUGUGCACUGUCGGAUCAGGUCCGCAAGAUCUUUGAUAAAUAGAGGCCAUUAUGUCCACAUAUCAAAUAUUUUAUUUACACAGCAUAAAUUAAAAAGAUGACCAUGACUGCUGCCCAGUGCAUUAUAGCCCCCAGCAGCCUUCAGUACUUUUCAGAUGCCCCUGAACAACAGAAAUUUAGACCUUCAUUAGAUAGAUUUUCUUAUGUUUGGAAAUAUGCACUUUAGGUUAAGUAAUUAUGUCCACUUUAGGUUAGGUAAUUAUGCUUUUAAAUUAAUACAUCUGAACAACAAAAUCAUACAAUGAAGCACACCAGGAGAUCAACUGGUCUCAUAUAAUUCAUGUAUCUUGUAGCACAGUGUGAUGUUACCAUAUCUCCUAAUGUUUUAUGUUUUUGAGUAUCAGGUGCAAAAGUACAACUCUUUGUAAUUGCGUGAGCGUAUGUAAUUGUGUGACUGAAGGGAUACAGCUCUCAUUUAUCCCACUGUUGGUCACUUUAAGGUUUCCGUGAUACUGUAUAUCUAAUCACGUAUAUGUAUUAUUGACCUCUGGAUGCAUGUGUCACCCUUUCAAAUCUGUUUUACAACAUUCACUUUUGUAAAGACUAAUCUGUUGUUCAACGACAAACAUAAUUAUUUCAAGAGAAACAAAAUGUUUGAAUUGUGUAACAAAGUUUAUUUUAAAAAAAAAGAUUUAAAAAAAAAUCCACUUUUCUUGUGCCCAAUAGGUGCUUGAGAAAAGUAUUUUAUUGUUUCUCUAAUGAGUGUGAGAGUGUCUAGUUGUACCUAUAAAACAUACAUUUGGGCCUUUAUUUUUAGAUAUAUGUUAACUUAUAGUUUUAUAAUUAUUUAGCUCUACUCUAGCACUUUGUAUUAAAGUACAUCAUACCUCCCAUUUUAAAAUAUAAACUUGAGACAGGGUUUCAAGGGGCGGGGCUUAAGAUGAACUUAUGUAACAGGGGAGGGGUCUUACAGGUAAUUUUAAAAAAGAGGUGUGGUUUGCACACAGAUGUGGUCCUGUAUAUUGUUGUAAUCGUCAUAGUGAUCAAGGCAUGUUUACUUACUACGUUGGCACUUUUUCACCUCCCAUCAAGCUACAAGAGAUAAAAAGCAUGAUUAGAUUACUGUAAUGCUUACUAGGAAGAAGCAUUGCUGUGAACAAUAUGGGACAUUCAGGAGAGACAAUAGGUGCAAAAUAUGGAAUAUGGUAUUAAAUAUACACCCCAUGCCACGUAAAACUGGAUGCAAAAAUGUGGUAUUAUCAUUAAGUGGAAGGUUUUUGACCAUCAUACUUUACAAAUGAUAUAAUCUCCUUAAAAAAAUGGAGAUUUAAAGCUAAUAUGUUCAUUAAAAAAAGAUAAAACGGAAUCCCUAUAUAGGGACUUUUGUAAAGAAAUAUUUUAUUAUAUAUAGAUAUUUAUUUUCUGUGUAAUUUCCCAGAUUAACAUGAAAUAUUUUUACAUGCUGAAAACAAGAGUAAAGGGGAGAAAGGGUAAAAAUAAAAUUGUGUAUGUAAGGACAAAGGUUAUUAUGUUUCCCCCUUUGGUGAUGGAGGAGCUGCAAAGCAAGUUGGAGUUUAACAGCCUUAUGCCUAAAUACCACCAGAAUGAAAGCAAUUCUUGUUCAGUGUGUAAGAUUUAAAGGGAUCCCAUUUUUUUUUUUCUUUCAUGAUUCAGAUAGGCUACAGUUUAAAAAAAGUCCCUAUUUACUUAAAUUCUCUAAUUAUCAUUAGAUAUCUAAUCAUUCUCUUGGUAUCCUUUGUUAAAAGGGCAGCAGUGUACUAGUGGAAGCUAGCUGAAUACAUCAAGUGAGCCAAUGCAAAGACAUAUAUAUGUGCAGCUACCUGUAGUGCUAUGCUGCUACUGAGCCUACCAAGUACCAAGGUAUGUUUUUCAGUGAAGGAAACCAAAAGUUCAUAGCAAAUUAGAUGGUAGAAAUAAACUGGGAAGUUGGUUUAAAUUGUAUGCUCUAUCUAAACCAUGAAAGUUUGUUUGACUUUACUGUCCCUUUAAAUUAUAGGAUAGCACUUAUAUUUAUCUAUGUUAUUGAAACACAAAUUCUGGUUAAAGAGACAUUACAGUGCAAACUAUUCUGGCCCCUGUAUCAUCUGUAAAGCAAUUUGCAAUAUACGUUGCAAUAAAAAAGGCUGCUUAACCCCUUCUUACUCUGUGUUUGGCAGGGCCGAUCAUGUGAUUCCAUGCACAUAUAUUGACAAGCAAGCACAUUCAAGGUGUGUACGCACCAAUCAGAUGCUUGCUAUUCUUUAUAAUUGGCACCUCAGGCACACCCCAAAGCCAACCUCAGAAAAAAAAAUGCAUUUAAAUGUAUUAUAAAUUGCAUAGUCCCUUAUAAUAUUCACAUGAAUACAAAUAAAAUGGAAAUAUAAUAUGCAAACAGAUAUAAAAGAAGAUAAAAUAUUUGAAAAAUGUGAAGCAAUGUAAUUUCUUUUUUAAUUGUCAUAAGUAUCUACCUAAUGUAGUGCAAUUAGCAGAAUUUGUAUUUAUUCACUAAAGAGAAUAGCACCGUCCAUUAGCACAAACAAAAUAAGUAACCUCCUGAACGUUCCAUAAUAUAACUUCAUACAGACCUCAAUAGUGGUUACUAGGUUAUGCCUUGUGCAUAUGGUAAAUCUUCUUUAAUCAUUUUAGCAACAAGCUUUGUGAACUCCUCCAACAGCAAAUAAAAACAAUAUUGUGCAGGUGACAUUUUGUAGUGUUAUUUUUUUUUUUUUCUAUUGCACAAUUGUUUCUGUUUGAAAACAAUUUUAAGCCUAUUUCUGCACAAGACAAUCACGUUAAGCUUAAGUAGGUCUUUAGACCUGUUGAGAAAGAUUUAUAUAUUUGGGAAUGGGACAGAGAACAUAUGAUGUGCAGGGGCUGAAAAAGAGUCUUAGGAAAUGUGUAUAUCCACGCUAACUUUAUAAUCUCUUAACAGCAACCUAGAUGAUCCCAAUACUACAGCCGAUAUGGCACAAGUUAAAUGGACAUAAAUCUCAAAAUUGAAUUGCACGUCAGUGCUUUUUUAGUUCCGAAAGGAUAAAUUUUUUUCUAAUACACAUUUAUUUAGCAAAUAAUGUGUCUAGUAUAUGUAAUGACUUUUACUGUCAUAAGUUUUUAUUGUACGCAUACAUAUGCCUCUUGCACGAUCAUUUAAACACCUGCUCAGAUAGCUGGUGGUAGUAUGCACAUGUCGGAUAUUAUGCAAACCGAGUCUUGGCCAAUGCAAUAUAUGCAUUCUGAGCUGGUGCAGUGUUCGAAUGCAGGUGCAUGAGGCAUAUGUACAUAUGCUCAGUGUGCAAUAAAAGCAAUAACUGAAACAGUCAUUACUUUGCUAAUACAUAGAAAAGUUAAUUUGCAUCUCGAUUUUGUGUUUUAUAUCCUUUAAUCUGCAGUUUCUCCAUGCUUGACAUAAAUUCAGGAAAUGGGAUCAUAUAAAGAAGAGACCACGUUUUAUAACAACUAUCCAAACAUUUUGGAUGUUACAAAUCUACUCAUAUUUAAGAUAUAUGAUAUGCAAAUUUAAAAACCAGGACUAGAGCCAUUUCCUCUUGAAAAGAGUAUCUAAUAUACAGACAUGUGAAAGCACUCUUUAAAGCGUUCAUAAGUAGCACAUUGUUAAAGAGACUCCAUUCUUUUCAAAUUCCUAACUUUAGCUUUGACCAAGGCAGAAGACCUCACACUUAUAAGCUGAUAUCUCCAGAGUGCUAUAACAUAAAGUAUAUAUGAAACUGUAGGUCAUCACUGUAGAAAGCACACAAGCUAAUUACAUUUUUCACAAAAACAAUUCUGUUUUAAAUCUAGACAAGGUGACCGGUGCUUUAACCUUUACUCCAGCCGAGUUUGUCAAUGUACUUUGCAAAACGUUGAUGCUUUUACAGGCGAGAGGGUUUUUAGUGGCAACCUAUGAUAAUGACAGGCUACCUCCUGAAAUAGAGCACUAAUUGCAAGGUUAUAGAAUCGACAAGCAAGCAUAUUGAUAUGAUAUAUUUUUUUGAAAUGUUUUGGCUCUAUCUAGAAUUAGCUGCAUCACCGUUAAUCACCAGAUAUGAUGAGACUUUUGCUGUAUUAUAAUUCUUAUAUUAACUGUGCAUUUUCUGAUUUGUUUGUAAGCACAUCAACAAACUUUAUGAUGGUUUAAAUAUGGUUUAAAUAAAAAAAUGAAGCAAAAGAAAUAUUUGUAGUUGUCUUACCCUAGAAUACAGAGCACAUGCAUACUUAUAGUCUAUAUUUUGCAAACAGUGUUAAGUUAUACUGCUAAGAUUGUCAUUUUUGUAGCAUAACAAAUAAAUAUAUAUAAACAUA